GGUUACUGUUCCUGGGAAAUAGAUUCAUCUGUUUGUAAUUUGGAUGAUCAGUUGAAAUUAUUUGUAUCUCGCCAUUCAGCAAAUUUUUCCCAAGAUGUGAAAGGACAAAGAAGCCUCCAUCAUGCAGGAAACAACUUGGAGACCUUAGUUCUGAUCAACCCUUCUAAGUCUUCGGUGUGCGGUGAGAUCCGGAAGUUGAUUUGCCAUUCCUCUCAGCACAAACUGUUGAUAUUUACUGGUCCUUUCUUUGAAGAAACUGGUGAAAUGCUUCUACAAGGUGGAGGAGCUUUCUCUAUAGAAGACUUUAUUCAGAUAUUUACAGAUAAAGAGAUUGGAGAAACUCUGAGCUCAUCUGAUCCCACGUCUCAUGUCAGCUUGACUGUUUCCUGUCCUGAAAACUGGGACCUAUCACAGUUGGACAAAUGUAGCCUCCAAGAUUUUAUUGAAUUGCGGUUUAACAAGGACAAAAUGUUUCCUGAGACAGAGGGUCUACAAGAAUUAGCAGAGUACCUGUCUGAAUCCCUUGAGCCCUCUUCUCCCUUUGAAUUGCUGGAAUCUCCCACAACUGUGGGCUUUUUGAAGUUAUUCAAACCAUGCUGCUAUGUAUUCCCUGGUGGUAGGGGGGACUCUGCUUUUUUUGCUGUCAAUGGAUUUAACAUGUUGGUGAAUGGAGGCUCUGAUACUAGGUCUCCAUUUUGGAAAUUAAUACGCCAUUUAGAUAGAGUGGACUCUAUUCUUCUCACCCAUUUGGGGAUCGACAAUCUACCAGGCAUCAAUAGCUUACUGCAGAGGAAGAUAGCAGAAGGAGAAGAGGAGAGUUCUCAAGGAGCACAGCCAAGUGAUGAUUGGCUAAGAAAUUUGAUCUCUCCAGAGCUAGGUGUUGUCUUUCUGAACUCUCCAGAGAAAACUAUUUAUGAAGAAGAGCUCAGUACAGUAACAGUUAGGGAAGAGGUUAUGCUUACGCUGCGAUGUUUGGAGAAGCUUGGUAUUCCACCAGAACCUUUGUACCGAAGCAAUAAUGCAACUGUUGAACCAACUAUUCUUUUUCAAAAGAUGGGUGUUGGUAGAUUAGAAAUGUAUAUCUUGAACCCUGUGAAAGGUAGUAAAGACCUGGAAACUUUCACAAAACAGUGGCCUGGAAAUUGA